CCCAGUCAUGCUCCAUCGGAAAUAAGAUGCACGUUCGCGGAAUCUUGGUGGGGAUUGCAAUCGGUUUGCUCUUGGUCAGUCAGUGCCUGGGCCUGCACCCAACGAGCUGCAGGACUCUCCCUGAAGGUGCUGGGAAUGCCUUGGACUGCGAUCCGAAUGAGAUCAUGACCUUCACUUGUGGAGCUGGACAUGGAGGUCAUAACGAUUGCGCCGAAAACAUAGCCACAGAAAUCGAGUGCUGCAAGGUGACGGAGGGGACCCUGACAUCCACUGACUGCGAGAAUCUACGCGGCGACGCCGGGGAUAUGCUUUCCUGCGCUCCCAAAGGCAUGUUCUUGCAAGGCGUUUGUGGCUCCUUCAACGACACCAGCUGCUCCGGCUCCUCCCACAGCGUCAGAUGUUGCAAGUAUUUCCUGGACGAGACCAUCACAAGUACCCCCAAUCGUAGGAUGUAUCCGGUGGAGGUGGGGAUAGAGCCUUCCACCAAUGGAUAUGAUUCAAGGUGUUCAUCAGGCAAAAUUGCAGUGGGUCGU